CUUAGUUGUGGUGUGUGCGACUUUUUGGAUGUCUUUUACUUUCGGCGUUUUUUUAUGAUUACAUUUCGGGACAAUCCUCAGAUCUAUCACAAGAUAUAAGUAUGAAAACUGAAUUGGAACUUAUUAAUUCUGGGAUCGAUAAUAUUAACGGUCUUAAUUUGUCUCCAAAUAUAUCUGUGUUGAAUUUGCAUCACAAUCGCAUUUCAGAGAUAAAUGGACUCACAAAAGCGACAUCGUUACGUUAUUUGGAUUUAUCUUCUAAUUAUAUUAGUAAGAUAUGUGGACUCGAUAAUUUGCAGCAUCUUCGAAUUUUGAACUUGUCGUCCAAUAAGAUUCGGUCCAUUGAUUCAUUAGAGAACUUAAAGUAGGUUUAAAUGAUUAUGUCUUCGUAUUUAAAAUCAGUUCUGGUAAAUGUAUUUUUCAACGUUUUGUGUUAGUAUAAAAUGCAUAUAUGGUCGUGUAGUCAUGUGGUGCUAUUUUGAUACACGAUAUCUGUUUAAGUUUAGCAAAUAUAUCGGAAAUAAUGUUUAAAAAAAUGGAAAUCAGCACUAAUAUGAGCCAAAUUUUUAUUGUGAACAAGAGUCCAUAGGUCGAUAGUUUCACUGUAAAGAGACGGUGGUUCAGAUGUUGAAGCGAAUAACUCAUGCUUUGUCGAAGUUAUUUAAACGUUCACAUAAAUGGUAGGUUCAUUUAGCUAAAGACAAAGCCGUUUCAUCACGGAGUUUAAACUCUUAGUACUGGACAUAACUUUGGCGUGGUCUCAUUUCUACGAUAUACAAAAUAACAAGAUCAUACACGUAGUCUACAUUUAGCUGAAGUAAUUCAAUGCAAUCAGUUAAUCAGUGUACUGCCCUUACCUCUUAUAUUUUGUGUGCAUAGCGGUAAGUUUAUUCACUAUCUACAUUAGUGGCACUAUGUUCAAUCGUGUUUAGAUAUCUUAUCCUCUCAACUGUAAACUUUUCGAUUUGCAAGCCCUCUUCUGCUCCUCGUUUUUCUUAUUUUUUUCAGUUGUUUAGUCCGUUUAGAUGUCUCUUUCAAUGAAAUAACUAGCCUGGUUGGUUUGAAAAAACUAUUUGGUCCCGGUUAUAGUUUGACUGCCAUUAUAUUACAAGGAAAUCAAAUCCAGUCCAAGUCGCAUAUCUUGGAAUGCUUAAAAAAUUUAGUUAAUUUGCGCCAAUUAGUUUUGCUCAAUCCACAAACAGGAGAUAGUAAUCCUGUUUGUGGCGAACCAGAUUAUCGUCUAGAUUUACUUCAGGGUCUUCCUCAAUUAGAAAUAUUAGAUCACGUUGACAGAAUGGGCCGUUCCACUCAAAUUAAUGUUUUGGCUGAUUUGCCAGAAUUAAGUGGAUUUCUCGACAUAAUUUCUACUUCCAGUUUGUCAGGAUCUGAUCAUUUGGAUGAAGAAAAAGACAAGAAACUGAAUUAUAAUAAAGAUCAAAUACAUUUGUCAGAAAAUUCUGCUAAUAAAGAAGUCAAGAAUAUGCAUUCAGCAACCUGUGAACAAGGUGAACAACAUAUUUCUACAUUAUCUUCAACCACUGAACUUCGAUUAUUAAAUUUAGAAAGUCAAUUAAAUUCAUUAAUUACUUCUCAUUUAAUGCAAAUUUAUCAAACUGAACAUAAUCAUUCAACACAUCAUAAUAACGUACUUCAUUCAUCAUCAAUUCAAGAAAAUAAUCUAAAAAAUGGUAAUACUGUUUUAGUACAUGGGAAAAAUGAAAUCAACUCAUCUAAAGUGAAGAAUACCCUUGACUUAUGUCAAUAUAUUCCAGAAAAAGAAAUGUUCGAUGGAGAAGUUCAAACUGAAGCAAACGUACAAUCGAAUAAUUUAACGGUGCAAUCGACCAUUGAUGCAGGUAAAUCAUCACAACCUGUUCAACAGUUAAGUGCACAAAGUCUUAAAAAUCCAAAUUCGAAUACAUUUCAACGUCAUAAUUAUUCAUCAACUAUGAAGAAACAAUCAGUUGUAGACAAAAAUCCAUCAAGUACAUCAACAAAAUCGAAAUCGAUUUCUGGUAGAUUAUCUCAAAAAACCUCAGCGGAAAAAAAGACUAAACACGAAAAUUCUAAAAGAUCCAAUUCCACUGGGUUGAUGAAUUUCAACAAUCAAUUAACUGAUCAAAAACACAUACAAGAUGUUCCUGUAACUAUGAAGAUUUCUCCUACUUCAAAUGUACAAUCAUAUCAUCAUGGAAAAGAAAUGAAAACAUUGAACAAAAUACUUUAUGAAUUUGAUCAAGAAAUAUCACGAAGAAAACAGUCUGAACAAUUGUGUCAAGAUUUAGUUAGUCGAAUACGUGAAUUAGAAUUAUCAGCAAUGGAUCAGAAUGAAGCAUUGAAAGUCACAGAAGAAUUGAAACAGGCAUUUACUACAGAACAUCAGGAAAAAUUAUUAGUACAAUCUCAAUUAAAGAUAAUCGAACAAAAAUUUAAUGAUAUGUGUCAAAUUGUUGAUCAUUUACAAGCAAAAGAAAAUGAAGUUAAAGAUCAAUAUGAACGAGAGAUUGAAAAUUUAAACAAACUCAUAAGUGAAUUACGCGCAGAUAAUAAAAAUGCAUUGACAAGAGCAGAAAAUGCUGAACAGAAAUUAGACAAAACCAAAACAUUAUUACGUAAUCGUGAAGCAGAUUAUGAAAAAGAAUUAAAUAAUCGUUAUAAAUUGGAUAGUCCAGAAUUAUCUAAGUUUAUAUCAGCAAAAAUUGAUCUGGAACGAGCACAUCACCAAAAAGAUAUGGAUUUGCUUCAAGAAAAAUUAAUCGACAGUACUAAACGUUACACAGCUCUUGAAGAUGAAUUCAGAAUGGCAUUGAGAAUUGAAGCAGAACGAUAUGAUACAUUACUUAAAACAUCAGAUUUAUGUAAAAAUGAAUUGAUCAAUACACAAUUACAAUUAAAAGAAAUGAUAGAACGUGAAGAAUCUGCACGUUGUUUAAUACAAGAGUUAAAUACGGUAGUUAAGGAACAAAAAUCUAAGUACACAAGUGAACAAAAAGCUCAUCUUCUAUUACAGCACAAUUUAAAAGAACGUAUUGCAACUUUGGAAAUGCAUUUAGAAGAAGCACAAACACGAAUUAGAAAUCAUGAAAAUUUACGAAAGGAAUUGAAACAACAAAAAGCUGAAAUGACAGCUCAAGAAUCAAUUAUUGCUGGAUUAAAAGCUGAAAGACGUAAUUGGAGUGAAGAAUUGGCUAAGCAAGGAUCAGCUUUAGCUCAAGAUCGUGGACGAUUAGAAGCUAAAAUUGAAGCUCAAGAAUUAGAGAUAGCCAGUCUUAAAAAAUCUCUUGAAAAUGAAAAUGACUCUGUUAAAAUCAAGAGUAAAGUAAUUGAUGACCAAACAGAGACAAUAUUGAACUUAAAAAAGUGUAUUCAAGAGAAUCAGACUGAAAUGAAACGACUACAGAAUGAAGGUAUACAAAAUCGUCAUAAUUUAGAAAGUCAAUUAAAACAGAAAAUUCAAGUCAAUACAGAAUUGGAUGAUGAAAUAAAACGUCUUAAUAAACGUAAAGAAGAUUUAAAAUUAUUGGUCGCGGAUUUACAAUCAAAAAUAGAUGAAUUACAAGAGCAAAAUGAAUCUAUGUCACAGCGUUGGCGCGAUCGUGCAAGUUUAAUCGAUAAAUUAGAAAAACAAGUAGAACAAAUGCGUCAUAACUGGGAUGAAGAACAAAAAGUUCUUAUUGACGAACGAGAUACAGCACGAAAAGAAAUCAGUACAUUACAUUCACAAAUGCAAGCUAUGGACGAGAGAUUUCGUCAACAGCUAUCAUCUACUGAAGAAAUGAACGAUUUGGCAAUGAAUCGUGUGAAGAAUGAAGCAGAACAAUUACGUAUAGCUUGUGAAACACGUGUAGCUGAAGUGGAAUCAGAAAUGCGUACAAUUCUUCUAGAAGCAGAAAAUUCAAGAAAAGCUACACAAGAAAGACUUAGAUGUAUAUCAGCAGCAUUAUGUGCUCCAAUCUCACCGCAUAGCAAAAUCCAUUGCAUUAACACCUAACUGGUGUUGUUUUUUUUUCUCAAAUAUUGAGGGGGAAAAUACUGCAAACAGAUUCACAAAACAUUACAUGAAUCUUUGGCUUGAAAAAAUGCUGGACUGAUUGGAAUUAGUUUGUUAAAACAGUACUUAAAAAUUCCUUUUUGGAUUGAUUCAUCUCUAUGGUUUGGUUGUACGAUUUGUUUUCUAUUUUUAAACAACACUAUUUACCUCAUAUGUAAAUAACUGGCAGAUAACUAAAAGUGUAUAUAAA